AAACCUCUUAGAGGCAUACCUAACUUCCGAGUCAAUGACGAUUCUCGCAUUGAAAUUACUGCCUGUCAGGACAGCCUCGCGAUAUCGCUAGCCAAAUCCGAUUUCAGUAGUCAGUCAACGGAGCUGGCCGCAGCGGGCGGUGCGUAUGGCGUUACGGUCGGUUUAAGUGCUGGAUAUGCUACCAGUAACGAGAAAAAAAGCUCUGAAAGCAAGGCCAGCAUUACACAAACCCUUGUUGCCCGAUACCUGUAUCCGCGAUGCGAUAUCUUCUUGAGAGCGGAAGAUCUCGAACCUUCGCCAGAAUUUGUCACGCUGCUCGACAAGGCCAAAAAUCAGAAGAGCAUCGACGCAGUCCGUGCUAUUCACGAUCAAUACGGCCAAUUAUUCUGCCAAGAGCUAACGCUAGGAGCACGACUUUUGUCUACCAAACGAAUCAAAACGGACAAAGAUACCGACAUAGAACAGCACAAGGAACAGAUGAAGGCUUCUGUGGGCGCUAGUGUCCAGACCCCCUAUGGCGGUGUUUCUGCAAAGCACGAUGAAGAGAAAGUCAAGACGAAUGAUAAAUCAACCGAAAAGUCAAACACUCAGGAAACCAAUGUCUUUGAAGCCGUCGGUGGCGACACAAUCUUGGCCAACAAUCCCGCCGCCUGGGCUCCAACAGCAGCGUCACCAUACCUGUGGCGAGUGAUCAAUCGAGAACGCCUUUCCACUAUGAUAGACAUGGUCAGCGAAAUGCCUGGGUACGAAAGCGCCCAGAGCUGGUUCGUACAGGCACUGCCGGCAUUGAACAAGUACGUACGUCUAGACUCGUCAAUGGCUGUAAACGUGAGAUUCAAGGUGCAGACUCCCACGAACAGCCUUUCAGUGGAAAACCCAGGAGAUGCCUUGUUCUACCUAGGUUUCGACACAAAGUCUUCGACCACACCGAGACUCAAUGGAAUCACCCAGAAGACUGAAGAAAGCCUCUGGGCUCGUGUAGACUACACGACAGAUAUUGUCAUAUUUCACCCUACCACUUUCCGUGCACCUUGUCUGCAUGGCUUUCAGAACUUCCAAGUGGGCACUGCGCCUUUUGGAUCGAUCUAUAAUGCAGAGUUCGCAGCAACGCAAUGGAGCCUGGUGGCUCCCUUCGGAGACGAACUAAAGCACAGAUCUCGCGUGAUUCUUCGCACUGUACCUUUCCAGGACCCGGGCUACAUACCGCCAACCCAAUCCGACAGCAUAGCCAAAGAUUCAGCACCAGCAGAACCAGUAGUACCACCAGCAAGUCAUAUGGUUGUAUUCCGAAAUGCUCAAGGAACCUUCAUUCCUGGAAUGUCCGAUCGAGAUGAGUAUCAAUAUUGGCGAAUCGAAAAGACCAGCGGUGGCACACCAGGUGAACCAAUCAAGGGCGGCGAUAGCGUACGUCUCUGCUGGCAAUUUUCCGAUCAAACCACUGGCUUUCGUGAUUAUCAAGACGACGUUUUUGGACGUCGACGCAAUCAAUGUCCGCCGGAGCUUCAAUCCACAAGACUCUAUCUCAAGGUGCCCUGGCCACGAUUUGAGCCCAAAAACACACCGACUGCUAUGCUCAUGUCUGCGCAGUCCACAAUAGACGUUGCAGCCGAGGUUUUGAAUACUCGACAGGGCCCGUUUCAGUAUCACUUGCAAGAUUUGCAAUUCCGAAUCGACACUGUCGAGCAACGAGGCUUGGGAGACUCGAAUGAUUACAUGCUGGCUGGAGUUUCGCAAGAG